AUGAGAUCCUGUGCAGCAAACCUUUUCCGGUAUACAGUUUUCAUAUAUAGUGGAGUUUUAAUGUUGUCUGGUCUUAUGAUUUUGAUCGCAUCAGUGAUAACAUUUUCUAACAUUUACAAAUAUCAUGUAUUCUUUGAUGAAGGCAUUUUAAGUUUACAACUUUUAUCAAUGGUUAUUGGUUUAUUGACAAUAGGAAUUGGAAUUUAUGGACAUUGGUCAGCUAGAAAAGAGUCUCCAAAACAUUUGAAGGCGGUAUUUUACAAAUUCCAAAAAUUUCUUUUGAUAAUUGGAAUAGCAGCUGUCGCAUUUGAAUCGAAUUUAGGUGAAUCAUGGAGAUAUCAUUAUUUCCAAAGGAAUAUGGAAGAAUUAACACCUGAUGGAAUCGACGCUUGGGAUUUGAUGCAAACUGAUUUGAUGUGUUGCGGAAUAAAAGAAUUAUUUGAUUGGUCUACAUAUAGUGUUGAUCAAAAUAUACCAUAUAGUUGCUGUAAGGACGGCACCGAAUGUUUAGUCAGUAAUAAAAACAAUUUAUUUGAGUUCGGAUGUAGUAAAAAUUUAAAAGAAUUAAUUAAUUAUAGUCUCGCUGUUCUUAUGAUUAUCAGCUUGAUUGCAUCGUGCUUCGACAUUAUUGGAAUGUUUUUCUCAAUUUCACUGAUUUCGGUAUUGGAAAGUGAGGAUAAUAGUAAUAACAGUGAAAAAGACGAUGAAGGUCAAGAAGCUGAUGCUGUUCCCGAAGAUGAAACUCAACCUGAAGAGUAA